GAUGGAGACUGGAAUGCGGGCUCUGAUUGGCUGGGCGGUAGGGAGACUCGGCGGUGGCGCGCAGGCGGCGCUGUGAUUGGCUGAGCUGCGGGGUGGGCGGGGCUGUGAGUGGAGGCGCAGGUUGAAGCGGUGUGUUUACUGAUAGCGGAGCGGCACACAGCGCGGAGCGGCGCGCGGAGCAAACCGGAGCCGAAGUCAAUGGUUACACACUGAAGGCUGCUGAAGAAGAAGAGAAGAGAAGCUGAGAAAUAUGAAAGUGAUGAAAGGCUGUGAUUGGCUCACGUCUCUCAGGUUACCGAGAUGGGCAAACUGUGCACUUUAACAAGCAACUUAAUGAAACUACUCGAACACUGCAGGUAACUGAACCACUUCAGCCUUAUCGCUCCUGCAGACCUGUACCAGGAGCCUCUGGGAAUCUGGGACUCAUCGCACAGAUGGUGUAGAGUUAAAUUGCAGCGGAAAAGCAGCUGAUAAGCUCUUAAUUAUAUUACAGUGUAUUAUAUUAUAUUAUAUUAUAUUAUACAGUCUUUAUUGACCUUCUCUCAGGAGCUGUAAUGAAUGGUGGAAAGCUUAACACCACAUCAACCACUCUCCUGCUAAUCACCUGCUGCUAGCAGCUAAUGCCCACAAGCUAACAUACACCUAGCUACAUACCACUAUGCCAACCAUGACUGGGCCCCCGCUAAUCAACUACCCACCCAACGCCGCCGCCGCGGCGUUCAUCACCCCAACCUCUAUGCCCUCUUUACCGUGGAGCAGCCCUGGACACGCGAGGCCCCACCGGGCCCUGUGGCCCCCUCUGGACUUCACCCUGGGGGCGCUGUCCUGCUGCGGGGCCUGUGUGUUCACCAACCCCCUGGAGGUAGUGAAGACCCGUCUGCAGCUGCAGGGGGAGCUGCGGGCGCCGGGCUCGUACCAGCGGCAUUACCGCGGCGUGCUGCAGGCCCUGUGGGUGGUGGGCCGGACCGACGGCCUGCGGGGGCUGCAGAAGGGUCUGACGGCCGGCCUGAUCUACCAGGCCCUGAUGAACGGAGUCCGGCUCGGGUUCUACUCCUACACUGAAGCCGCGGGACUGACGGACGCCCCGGGGGGGAGUUUAGUGGCGGGAGCUGCAGCCGGGGCCCUGGGGGCCUUCAUCGCCUCACCUGCUUACCUGGUAAAAACUCACCUGCAGGCGCAGACGGUAGCGGCCAUCGCUGUGGGUCACCAACACAACCACCAGGGUGUUUCCAGUGCCUUUGCCACCAUAUACAGGAGAGAGGGGCUGAUGGGAUUGUGGAGGGGGGUGAACGGAGCCGUGCCCAGGGUGAUGGUGGGCUCAGCCGCUCAGCUGGCCACUUUCAGCUCAGCCAAAGAGUGGGUGGCACAUGUACAGUGGUUCAGUCCGGACAGCUGGCUGAUCGCUCUGAACGCUGCUAUGAUCAGCGGCGUCGCCGUCGCAAUCACCAUGACCCCAUUCGAUGUGAUCAGCACCAGACUUUACAACCAGCCUGUGGAUGAGCUGAAGAGGGGUCGCCUGUACUCUGGGUUUCUGGACUGCCUGGUGAAGGUGUGUGGUACGGAAGGUGUGCUGGGUCUGUAUAAGGGAAUGGGGCCGGUGUUCAUCCGCUUGGCUCCUCACACGAUGCUCAGCAUGCUGCUGUGGGACUUAAUGAGGCAAAAAGCACUGCAACACUACACAGUGUGAGGAGGAACGCCCCCCAUCGCCACACUGCAGGAGACAGAACUCACUUCACUCUUUUAAAGAGUUAUCAAGAGUUAUUUACAUGAUUUAUGUUUUUGGAUCUGUGUGGAGUCCUGGAAUCACGCACAAGGAAGACUGGGCCGGGUCCAUUAGCUGUUCUGUGCUGUUCUGUGGAAGAAAAAGCACUGAGAACUUUCACUGCUGGAAAUAAUGUACAGGGUUUGGACAAUGAAACUGAAACACCUGCCAUCAUUUUAGUGUGGGAUUUUAGGUUUCAUGGCUAAAUUGGAGCAGCCUGGUGUUCAAUUUUCAUUAAUUGCACAUUGCACCAGUAAGAGCAGAGUGUGAAGGUUCAGUUAGCAGGGUAAGAGCACAGUUCUGCUCUAAAUAUUACAAUGCACACUAUAACAUUAUGGGGGACAUACCAGAGUUCAAAAGAGGACAAAUUGUUGGUGCACGUCUUGCUGGAGCAUCUGUGACCAAGACAGCAAGUCUUUGUGAUGCAUCAAGAGCCACGGUAUCCAGGGUAAUGUCAGCAUACCACCAAGAAGGACCAACCACAUCCAACAGGAUUAACUGUGGAUGCUGUAAGAGGAAGCUGUCUGAAAGGGAUGUUCGGGUGCUAACCCGGAUUGUAUCCGAAAAACAUAAAACCACGGCUGAUCAAAUCACGCAGAAUUCAAUGUGCACCUCAACUCUCCUGUUUCCACCAGAACUGUCCGUCACCACAAUCAAUUAUCGUGCUCUAAAACCAGGUGUUUCAGUUUCAUUGUCCAACUCCUGUAACUUUUAUAAUGAAGUUCUAGCAAUAACUUUAUCCAGAAUUGAAUUUUGGAACAAUACUUAGAACUCAGGAUCUCCUAAGGUUGCAUUGUGACCUUUUGCUACCACUGCUAAACAUGGAACUCUUCCAUAAAACACCUGUUAUGUAGUAAGAAAGGCAUUAAGUAUUAGUGUCGGGAUUCACAGGGGACCUCACGAUACGAUAAUAUCACAAUACUCAAUAUAUCGCAAGACCGUUCUCUACAAUACUUGACAGCAUCUGUGUUACUGAAGUAGAUAAAAUACUCGUAAAUAAGCAAAUUCUAGAAAUUAUUGAUUUAUUGGUGUUUCAGUUUCACAGAAUUAACCCUAUUCAUUUGAUUAUAGCUCCACCAGGUGGAGUAAUGAAGCAGUAACUUUAGUAAGUCUAAUUGAGGAGGGGUGAGUUUUGGGUUUAGUGCGCCAAUCAUAAAAUAUUUUUUUUUAUAUUUGACGCCAUGUAGUAAUAAUUUAUCACAAACAAAAAUGAUGAUACAAUAUAUAGCAAUAUCGAUAUAUUGUCAAACCUUUAUCGAGUGCUACUGCUGCUGCAGAGGCUGAAAAGUUUUAGGUUUUAUAGAAGAAUUGACUCAGUGAUGUUCUUGGAGGUUCUUAUGAGGUUAUGUGCAUUUUUUUUGUAAACGUGGUUGACUUGAUAGUAUUUGUUCCUGGUUUCGGCUAUAGCACUCGAUCUGGACCAAGUCCAAAUAGAGUUUAAAACAUUAUGUUAUCUUCUUUUAAUGAUCUCAUGUGCUUAUCAUUAAUCUCUGGCAGCAACUUGGGGGUAAAACUGGACUAUAGGAGUUUUGGCUCAUCUCAUCUGUGAACAGAGAAAAACUGCAAAUUUACACAGCUAAUUGCCUAACCCACUUAUUAGGACUCCCUCUAUCACUAGUGAUGCCCACCAUCACCAGGAGAGUAAAGACUAGCACACGCCUCCUCCGACACAGUCAGACUCCGCCUCUGUUUGAACUGGUGCUGAUGCUUUAGCAUUACCGAGUAGCAUCACAGCGCUAACGCUCGGAGGAAAGCACAACGACUCGGUUCUGAUACAUCAGCUCACAGACGCAGCCUUGUGCUGAUCCACAUCACCCUAGGAGUGAUGAGGGGAGAGAGAAGAGCUCCAUCUGUUGUACCCACCCAGAGAGAGCAAGAACAAUUGUGCUCUGCAAUUGUGCUGAUGGCAAGCUGCAUGAACAGGAUUCGAACCAGUGAGCUCCUGAUCAAUACUUUAAUUUCAUGGGUUAAAUUAAAUACAUGAAACUGGUGAAACUGUGAAUCCAGUGGAAAUAUCUGCUCUGCUUCUGGUACUUUAGGCUGCACUGAAAACUCAAUGAAGGCAGUCUGAGACAGUGUGCACAUGAAUCCGGAUAUAUUUAAAGGUUUUUAAGGUUUUUGUCUGCAUUUUGGCCUUUUAUCCACACAGAAACUGUGUUUUAGGUCUAUGAAAAUGAAGCUAAGACAAAAAAAACCUUAAUUUCUUUGAAUAUCUGGGUCUGGGUGGAGGGUAGUAGUUGAAUCCUGCACCACCUCAACUCUCUACUGCUCAGACUGAGAACAUGGAGGACAGUUUUGUCUUCAUUUCUAUAGAUUGGAAGGAAAUAGAACCAAACUAUCCUGUUUUUUUAGGGUCGUUUAAUUUAAAUCAGCAGUAAUAUGUGUGUUUUUGUGGUCUACUUUUGUCAAAAGAACUUGAAGGUUAAAGAUAAGCUGUGUAGAGAUGGGUAAUCCAGCUUCGGACAGUAAAAACCCAUCCCAGGGUUAUGGUUUUUACUUCUUAGACCUGGAAUACCCAUCACUAGCUGUGUGUGUGUGUGUGUGUGCGUGCGUGUGUGUGCGUAUGUGUGUGUGUGUGUGUGUGUGUCUGUGUGAUGGAAAGUGAGGGGGAUAUCACUAAGCAUAUAUUUAUUUAUGCAGGUGAAAGACACGUGGAG